UAAAAAGUCAACAACAUAAUAAUUAAAAUUCUUACAAUUACAGAUUAAUAGUUUGACGCACACCGCUUAUAACGAACCACAACUAGAUUUCAUAUUUUGAAAACAAUUUAGAAUACUUCCUAGUCUAAACUAACAAACAAAUCUUGUUCAGUAUAUGUUACUAAAGUGUCGUUCAAUCACUCAUCGUUCAUCCAGUUUCAAAGAUCAUUUUUGUUAUAUUUCAUAGAUGAAAUUGGUCCAUGGCAAGCUGAUUGCCAGAGAGGGGAAGAGCUUAGAGGAAAAUGGACAUAGGUUGUAGUCUACUGCCUGGUUGUGUCAAAGAACAAAAAUAAAAUGGUAGGAGCGCCGAUUAGAAGAAAAUUCAGUGUUUGUGAAAUGUAAUUUAUUGGAGAUACGACAGUAAAAUCUUCUACUAGAGUCUAAACUUGCAGGCGAUUUUAUUUAGGGGUAUGAAAUGUUUGAACCACAAUUAAAUCAAUAUUUUAGAUUUUCAGCACAAAAUACUAUAUUAUUGACGUUUUCGGUACAACCUCUAGUACGGUUUUAUGAAACAAAUUUGGUUUUACAAUUCUUGGGACACUUUCAGUUGCAGGUUUAAAUUUUUGAACCACUUUUUCAUAAGUAAAAGUCCAGUAUACAAUCAAAAUCUUAACCAACUGAAAUGGUGAAGCAAGCGACUGUUGCUUGGCACUUUAGAGGGUUCGAUACCACAAAUUCCAAGGGGGCUGCUAGCACCCCCCAGCCUUAUGAACAGCUCCGCCACUGCUUGAGGUGAUAACCGUCGUAGAAAACUGUCUGGAGAGUAACUUCCAAAAAGAAACCGCUUCCCUUCUUUCCCGGACGUGGCUGACGUGUCCUUGAACGUGGAGUAAUUGAAAGUUUCUCAAUCAAACCAUUGGCUCUACGUUUUGAAACUGUUGUCUUGUUACUUGCCCUUUCCUUUACCAUGGCUAUUCCAGAUCUCGCGACGAGGUGGUUUGUUAAACAUGAUGACAAUGCUACGAGGUGGUUUACCAAACUUGGCGCGAGGAGGCUUGUCGCGACGAGGCGGUCUACCAAACUUUACGCGAGGAGGCUUGGCGCUUGGACUUAGUAGAGGCUUGGCGGACUUGCGACGAGGUGGCCUGGCGAACUCGCGAAGUGGCUUGACGCGAGGAGGCUUGGCGCUCGAACUUCGUUUAUCUUGUGACCUUCUCCCCACGUAUCUUGUAGACUCACGAUGUGGUUUAGACAAGGCGGUUUGUCGCGACAAGGCGGUCUACCAACUUGACUUGAAGAGGCUUGUCGCGAUGAGGCACCAGACUUAGUUUAUUCUCACGCGUCAUGUCAAGCCUGAUCGUUUGGGUUUAAAAAUCUAGUAUCGUAGGCCCAGUUUAAAUAACAUUAAUUGUUAUUAUUGAUCUGGCCUUAUAAAGACAGUAAAUGCCUUGUAAAUAAUCAAUGCGGUACACGAUGAUUUUUUAGUGUAAACAGGUACAAAUUCAAGUUGUACCAUAAAAGAAUUUGUAAAAAAGUAUAAUAUGAAGU